CUUUUAUUUUUUUACCAAACAUGGCCUUAAUCGUCCGCUUAACAACAUCUGGAUUUUACUCUUCCUGGCGCGUGGUAUUCUCAACCUCACCAAUCAUCAUCUUCGAUCUCUUCAUCUCUCUCACAGACUCGUUCCAUUCUCAAAACAAAUACGCACACACAUACAUCGAAUCUUCGAUUCCAAACCUAACCCUUAAAUCUUCAACUUGAAUUUGAAUAUCAUUAAACCCUAACAAAAUGUUACCUAAAAGAAAACCGCAUUACAAAUUCCCACUCAUUCCCAUAACCCUCUUUGCCACAUUCUUUUCAUUCCUUUUUCUUUAUUACUAUUACGCCAAACGCGAUUCUCAUUUCACUGAAUACUCCCAAACAAAAUCACAUACACUUCAAUGCUCUUCCCAAGCUCUUGCAUUAAGCGAGAAAUUCAUGUGGUAUGCACCUCACAGUGGAUUCAGCAACCAGCUUUCAGAGUUUAAACACGCUGUUUUGAUCGCUGGGAUACUUAAUCGGACUUUGGUUGUUCCUCCUAUCUUGGAUCACCAUGCUGUUGCUUUAGGUAGUUGUCCUAAGUUUCGCGUUGUCGAACCCAAUCAUAUUCGUUUUUCUGUUUGGGAUCAUGUCAUUCAGCUUCUUCGCGGUGGAAGAUAUGUCUCCAUUGCUGAAAUCAUAGAUAUCUCGUCUUUAGUUUCUUCUAGUCUUGUUCGAGUUAUUGAUCUGAGGGAUUUUGUGUCGAUAUGGUGUGGCAUCAGCUUAGAUUUGGCUUGUAAUAAUGAUCCAAAGUCACAGUCAUCUGUUUCUGAAAGCCUAAAGCAAUGUGGAUCCUUGCUAUCUGGGUUUCAUGGGAAUAUUGCAAAGUGUAUAUAUGCUAUCAAUGAAGAUUGCAGAACUACAGUGUGGACUUACCAUGUAGACGGUCAUGAGGAUGGCAUGUUGGAUUCGUUCCAACCCGAUGAACAGCUGAAGCAGAGAAAGAAAAUAUCAUAUGUUAGGAGACGGAGGGAUGUAUUUAGGACACUUGGUCCCGGUUCUAAAGUUGAAUCAGCUUCAAUGCUAGCAUUUGGAAGCCUUUUCUCAGCUCCAUACAAAGGUUCCGAGUCAUAUAUUGAUAUUCAUGAAUCUCAUCAGGACCAGAGGUUUUUAUCUUUGAUGGAGAAGAUUAAGUUUCUUCCAUAUGUCCCAGAAGUUAUGAAUGCCGGAAAGGAGUUUGCUAAAACAACCAUUAAAGCUCCAUUUCUUUGUGCGCAGCUUAGAUUACUGGAUGGGCAGUUUAAGAAUCAUCAUAAGGCUACAUUUGAUGGGUUAAGGCAAAAAUUAGUAUCUUUGAUGCAGAAAGGCCAUCUACCCAUACACAUUUUUGUAAUGACUGAUCUUCAAAGAAAUAAUUGGACUGGUACUUAUUUAGGUGAUUUAACUGGUGAUGCACAUAACUAUAAGGUGCAUUUCUUAAGAGAGGAUGAUCAACUAGUUAUGCAAGCAGCCAAAAAACUAACCACAGCAGGUUACGGACAGAGGUUUAUUCCAAAUUCAGAUUCUAGAAUUGGUAAAAAGUAUUGCUCAAAUCAGAUAUUACCUGAUGUUCUUCUUUAUGUUGAGCAGACUGUAUGCAGUUGUGCAUCUCUUGGUUUUAUUGGUACUCCUGGAUCAACCAUUGCCGAAAAUAUAGAACUAAUGAGAAAAUUUGGCUCUUGUUCUAGUUGAAGUUGACAACUCCGUGGAAAAUAAUUUUUAUCACAAGGCACUAAAUCCUAUUGGAGUUAUCGAGAGAUAGUUCAAUCAUGUUGUACCAGGAAAUGAAAGCACAAGCCAUGUUUUGAGUUAUAAAUUAUCUUCCCAAGUUUUGACGAUUAGUCGGCUUUGCCGCAACUCUAUGGAAAAUCAUUUUCAUCACAAGGUACUAAAUCCUAUUGGAGUGACGGAGAGCUAGUUCAAUCGUGUUGUACCGGGAAAUGAAUGCACAAGUCAUGUUUUGAGUUAUCUUUUCUCUUCCCAAGUUUUGACGAUUAGUAGGAGACACUGUAUAGUCAAGGGCAUUACUCUUACUUUAGAUAAAAAGAAAUCUACCACGGCUGUUCGAUUCCAGCAAAAUAUGUGGUCUUAUCUCAUGAUUGAAAGUUAUUAUUUUUUGUUUAUGCAAUUCUCCUUUAUCCUUUUUUUGUUUCUUUCUUCGGGUUUAGUACUUCCCUCUCAAUAAGUUGUGUUUAUGUCAUUAGGUUUGCACAUUAUUUGACCAAAUGCUACCAAACUACAGAUCGUUAAGAUAUUUCUAACUGAUGUUUAAUGGUUGUUGCUUAUUCAAAGUAAUUUCUCCCUUUGAGACACGAAAGGUGGAAACA